AUGACCCAGCUUCCUCUGCAGUUUGAAGGAAUGACCACGCAGAAGGUCAGUCCCGGCCAAUUCGAAGAAUUCAUCGAAGUCUAGGGUGCAUUCGCAGCCUCUGACAAUCCUGUAGGUUUGAAUGAGAUCGCCGCGCAUUUGCCUGCAAUUUAGAGAAAACAGAUUUAGUUCGGUUAGCCUAGUUUCUUAAGGCGGAUGAUGAAGGUUCUUGACCAUCUUCGUAGCCAUCGCCUGUACUCUUUCUAGUUGUUGAUAACCUUUCUUCAACCACGGUCGCCAGGCCUGGACUGCGUACUCUUAGUGAGACCGGACGAAUGUCCCAUAGGUUUUCCCGAACAGUUCUUUAUCGAUCUGCACAAAUUAUCGCCUCAGCGCAAAUAACAUCCUUAUCGCACUUUUGGCUGCCCUUUGACACUGUGAUGAUGGUUUCAGGGAGGAGGUCAAUAUGACGCCGAGGUCUUUCUGUUCCACAACAUUUGAAAGGGGCUGACCACCAAGGAUGUAUUGAAAGAAAUCGUCCUCCUGAAUGGUCGAUUCCUUUCAAUACGUCCUUGGUGGUCAGCCCCUUUCAAAUGUUGUGGAACAGGAAGACCUGGGCGUCCUAGUGACAUCGACGCUGAAACCAUCAACUAAAAUGUUGUGGAGUCUUCUUUUAGAUAUCUGAACGUUUUCCGCUAGAACAACAGAAUUUGGUGAUAUGUUUCAUUCUUCAGUCACCCGGUGGACUGAGAAGUUAGAUCGCACUUCACCUAAGGCGUAAUUUAUCUUCUAUUUAUAUUAGUGGUCUUGAAAAUUUGCCGUUCGUCUAUUUCGAAAAUCGGUUAAUUGAAAUGCACACUCCACUCGUCUGGGACGUUUAAAAGCCGUGGUCAUAUAUCCUCUGGGUAUGAUGUCAGUGUCGCAACACUCUGAUUCGCUUAUUCUCUUGCAUGUUUUAUAUAAAAUAUAUUUGGAUUUUUAAGGCCAUUUAAAAUCGCUGUGGAAAAUGAAUACUACUAAAGUAGUCACAUUUGCCGAGUGUGAUUUUUACAGAUGGUCGCAAAUAGGUGUAUUCAAAAACCAACAUCAUGUUGAUUCCCAAAUGUCAUAGGGUUAUGCCCAUCGGUAAUCAAGAUUACAAACCCCCCUAAGCAUUUCUUCAUAUCCAAAAACGCAUUUUGGAAUUUCGGCUAAAAUUUCCUUAGAUCGGUCACGCACUGAAAGUGCGCUUAGGAAGGAGUUCGAUCUACGUAUUUAUUCCUCCACCAACAAAGUUCGGGUGACUUACUUGUCCACGUCCAAAGUACCCCAUCUAUCUAUUUGUGGGCUCUUCUGAUCCCCGUGUUAAUAUUUCUGACAUAUAUACGAACUUUGUUUGAUAUUUUUCGAAAAACAAAUGUUUCUCGGAAAGCGAUUGGUUUGCAAUAAAGCCGAUAUAUUAAAUGUCCGUUACUUAUGUAUUCGCUACAUAGUGUAACGGAAGCCGCAUUACCGAGCAGGACAAUAAGUGCUACUAAUCAUAUAAUUUGGGGAGUGUUCAACUCAGUCUAACGUAUUGACGAGAAAUAGGCUGUUUCUGUGAGUUUCCUAUUUGCUAUAUAGAUGUUGGAAGAAAUAGCAACAGCGUAGGGAAAUUACAAUGUCAAGUAGAAGAACGUUUAUCUUCAUAUAAGUUCAUUUGUUUUUAAGGUGACAUGAUCACGUGGGCCGCUUGUUGCUAUAACGUAGGCCCGUUAAAACGGUGGUUAAAUAUCCCCCCAGACUGAGACAUUACAAGCGCCUCAAGCAGGUCAUCUCAAGAUUCCCUAACGCGGUUUGUAAAAAGGGACUUCCACACAUUCGGUCUUCCAUAAAGCGCACAUAGUUUGGAGAGAUGCCCCCGCAGGUUGGUUGUAGUGACGAGUUCAAAGAAGUUCACACACUGCAAGGCACUGUCCGAGCCGCGCACAGUUCGGAAAGUUUGCAUCAAGUCCCCGCCAAGUUGCCUAUAACCCAGAAGAUAAGGAUUGAGAUUAGUUUAAAGAGUCAGAACUGGCAGUUUUUGUUGACCUCUUGGUAAUUCCUUGUAGGCUAUAAUCGUGCUGCCUCCAGGAUCUCUAUGCUUGGAUCGCAUCUCAAAAUGCGGACUCACAAACGUGUCGAAGGCUUCGAGAAGCGAUCUUUAUCGAAAACUAUGAAUAUCCGAUUGAUGGUAUACAACUUUGCACGUGCGACUUUAGCCGCCUUACAACACUGUUUCAAAGACAUGGGAAUGUUCGUCACCUGAACGCUGAGAUACCUCCAUGUUUCGGCUUAUUGGAGUGGUAUUCUGUCCAGCUGGUAGGUGCGCGUAUCAGAGACCUGGUACUGACUUCCGAGACGUAGCAUGGUUCAGUUGUUUCAGUUAAAUGACUGGAGCCAUCUGCGUCACAACUCCUCGCGUGGACAAGGAUGGUCUCGGAAGUCCGCUUCGUCGGCAACAUUGUAGACGAAGCUUGACAACAUGGCACUAUCACAGUUCAACUCUUGUUAACCUUCAUUAAUAAACAAGAGAAAGAGGGUGGUCCCAGCGGAGAGCCCACUGGGACUCCAAACUUCCUUGAUCGCAGUUGCUCUGCUGGGUUAACUUGAGAUCGACUGGCGGGGAAAUUUCCGAUCCAUUUGAGAAGUUUGCACCUAAUACCCAUUGUUCUCAGAUUACAGAGGAGACGAUGGUGCGGAAAAUUAUCUAAGGCCUUCUCUGAAUCAAUGUAGGCGAUAUGUACGGUGUUUUCCAUCUAAUGGUCUUGUCCAGCUUUUCAUAGGGCAAGGAAGGUUCGUUGCGCUCGACCUUCCCUUAUGGAAGCUGUGGUACACAUAACAUGAGAGGUUUAAGGGUGGUCUUCUUCAUGACCUUGCAGGAGAUUGGUGUCAAACUGACUGGUCUAGAAGCGGCCUCAUGUUUGAGACAAUCACUUUUGCGAGCAGUUGUAAUGCGAUCGUCAUCCAAUCCGUGUGGGGAAUUGUAGUAUCGAACGAUUUCCAGCACAAAUAAAUAGUGGCUUAUCAAUUUUUCACGCAUGUCCAAAGAACGGUUUGAUGUUAUCUUGUUCGAACCAGGAGAUCUGCGCUCCUUCAACAAGGACGAGGCAAUAUGAAUGCAAGGACAGAUUUCCUCGACCACCGUCGUCCAUCGAAAAAACGUUUCUGUAGCGUGGCGCACAAUAGGAACGUAGUCAUGACACAUUUGCCGUGAGAACCUCUAAGACCCUUGCUUGAUUACAUUAUGAAUGAAGGAUGAAUGCCUCAUCAGACUAGGCCAUUUGCCUGCCGUCAGAGUGGGAUGAUGCGCUUGCGGGAUGUUGUACCCCUGCAUAUCCUCAUGCCUGCAUCUGAAUUAGUAAUAGAGCUGGCUGGCUGGGGAUAACAUAAAUAUGUGAACUGAGGACAUGCAGGCCGGUCCCGCCCGCUUUUUAGCCGUUCAUGAGCGACGGUUUUUCUCCUAUUAUGUUAAUUUCAUCAAAUCAAUUUCAUUUAACCUGAUAGGAGUUUUUUCACUGCUCGCUCAUCAUUUUUCUUACCAGACUACAUAUUCAAAAACUAUGAAUUAAGUAUCGUAUAGAUUCUGUCUACCUGUUCUAAAACUCAUGUUAACAUUUAUUCUUACAUGUUAUGACCGGACUCCCACGGGUCUUGAAUAAAAAUUAUUUAUUAAUGUAUUUAUUUUAUUUAUAAACUGUAACACAAGCCACCUAAGAAUGCGGAUGUUUAUACGAAACUGUCGUAUGCGGAUGGGUUGCGUUCGUCUGACAUACUUCCCCUGUCCUACUGACAAAGCAGAUUCAAUCUCACUUGGACAUCCCGGAUUUGCCACAUUGAUGAGUUCUCAUUUAAGCUGAAGGAUUUCCUUAAGAUUGGAAUAAAAAACUACCUACGUGACAAUUGUACAAAGUCAAACACGGGCUUACGCGUCAAGAUCAAAAUGACCUAUUCUUCCUUCGCUGAAAAUACCUGAAAGUUGAGUGCGUUAGAAGGACAAACGGUGACUGCCGACUUCGUUUAUUUUUUAAAUUCAAAUGGCCUGUAUAAUUGACUAUAGAUUAUCGCCUGAAGAACAUGUUACCUAGGAUCACUGCUGACCGUCUCAAACGUAAAGGUUCAUCGUUACAGCUUAAAUUUGUUCCCCUAAUGACUUGCGUGCAAACAUGGAGAUUUACGUGUCGUGAAUAGGCACUGACGUUACAACAGGACAGUAACCUCAGGCAUAUAGUGCAUUUUAUUGACUGUUCCGUGGGAAUGCACUGAAGGCUUCUUCGAAGGCAUCGACGAACCUGGUGAGCACUUCUACUUCGCUCCUACCUGGCUCUCAACUACCACCUCUGCCUUCACGAAACUGAGUUCUGCGUGGUGGCCACGCCGGCGGGCCAAACCAGAAUAGGGUAGCACACAAGUGUGUUCCUACAGCUUGUAUUCUCAUCGCUAAUCACCACCCCCCAAGACAAAAAGUCCUGUAGGGGGUCGAAAUGACCCUGUAUUUGGUCCGGGUUACUGCCAUUACUACUAUUGCGGCUACUAUUGCUACUACUACUACUACUACUACUACUACUACUACUACUACUACUACUACUACUACUACUACUACUACUACUACUACUACUACUACUACAACUACUACUACUACUACUACUACUACUACUACUACUACUACUACUACAACUACUACUACUACUACUACUACUACUACUACUACUACUAA